GGUGUGUAUGUGGGAGCAGGAGCAGCGACUCUGCAGUGUCUUGGCAGCUGCAUUAACACUGUAGUGCAUCUCCCACCGCCCGUGAUGCCUUCACGGCCAAAGCCUUCCUUCCUCCUCCCGCGCGUCCACUCGUGAAGACGCGGAGAUGAACUCGCCCGCAAACUGAGCCGGACGCCGGCCAGCUCGACAGCCCGGACCUUUCCCCCACCUCCUCCCUCCUCGCUCGCUCGCUUCCUCCCUUUCGGGUCUUCCUCGCAUCCACUCAUCCAGCCGUCACUUGAAUGGAAGAUGGCGAGGGGCGGGAGGUGUUUCAGCGACGUCCGCCUGGUAUCUCUGCAGAUCAUCUUGAUGCUCGGCGGCGCGGCGUGGCCUGGUUCCGAGGGGCUCACCUUCCCGCAGCAGUACACGAUCAUGCACUGGGCCAGUCGCAUCGAGCAGGAGAUUGACAGAGUCUUCCAGCACAUCAGCGGAGCUCAGCAGCUGAAAGGGAUCUACAACGAAGAAAGACGACGCUUCAGUCUGGUAAAGAAUCAGCCUCGGAAGAUAGUGGAGAAGGUGGCUUCGGAUAUCGAGAAACUUCUGGCGAAGAAGCGCAAGGCUCUCGAAAGGUUGGCCAGUGAGGCUGAACGGCUCCAGCUGGAGCAUCCCUGGCAGGAUGGCAUCAAGGAGCUGGACAUGGCUUAUUACGAUUCAAAGGCAGAGCUGGAUCACUAUUCCAUGGAUGGAGAGACUGAAGUGGAAAACCCUUCCCACAUCAAACUGGAGUUUGUGUACGACCCCAAUUUCAAAAACAAUGUCAACUACUCCUACACAGCUGUUCAGAUUCCCACAGACAUUUAUAAAGGAGCGCCGGUCAUUCUCAACGAGCUCAACUGGACGCAGGCGCUGGAGAAAGUCUUCAUGGAGAACAGUCGGGAGGAUCCGUCGCUUCUCUGGCAAGCCUUCGGCAGCGCCACCGGGGUGACGCGCUACUACCCUGCCACACCAUGGAAAGCUCCCGAUAAAAUUGACCUGUACGAUGUCAGGAGGAGACCCUGGUACAUCCAGGGCGCUUCCUCCCCCAAAGAUAUGGUCAUUCUCGUCGACGUGAGCGGCAGUGUCAGCGGACUCACGCUUAAAUUGAUCAAGGCGUCAGUGAUGGAGAUGCUGGACACUUUGUCCGACGACGACUACGUCAACGUGGCCCGGUUCAGCGACAAGGCGGAGGCGGUGGUUCCUUGCUUCAAACAUCUCGUCCAGGCCAACGUGCGCAACAAGAAGAUCUUUAAAGAAGCAGUGCAGCAGAUGCAGGCCAAGGGCACCACUGAAUACAAGUCUGGGUUCCAUUUUGCCUUCAAUCAGCUGCUAAAUAAAACAAAUGUCCCGCGGGCCAACUGCAAUAAAAUCAUCAUGCUCUUCACCGACGGAGGCGAGGACCGAGCUCAAGACGUCUUCAUGCAGUACAACUGGCCCAACAAAACGGUCCGAGUGUUCACCUUUUCCGUGGGCCAGCACAACUACGAUGUGACGCCCUUGCAGUGGAUCGCGUGCACAAAUAAAGGUUACUAUUUCGAGAUCCGAUCCCUGUGCGCCAUAAGGAUUAACACGCAGGAGUACCUGGACGUGUUGGGACGGCCCAUGGUUCUCGCCGGCGACGAGGCCAAGCAGGUCCAGUGGACCAACGUGUAUCAGGAUGCUCUGGGUCUUGGGAUGGUGGUGACCGGGACUUUGCCUGUGUUUAAUCUGACUAUGAAUGGAAAACUCCAGAACCAGCUGAUUUUAGGCGUCAUGGGAGUGGACGUGCACCUGGACGAGAUAAAGCGCCUGACCCCGCAAUACAGCCUCGGGGCCAACGGUUACAUAUUCGCAAUCGACCCAAAUGGAUAUCUUCUGCUUCAUCCCAAUCUGCAGCCCAAGCUGGUGCAUCUCCCAGAACCCGUCACGCUGGACUUCUUGGAUGCAGAAGUGGAGGACAGCAAUAAAGAAGAGAUCCGGCGACAGAUGAUUGACGGACGACCGGGUGACAUGCAGAUCAAAACUCUCGUGCAGUCACUUGAUGAGCAAUACAUUGAUGAGGUGUACAGAGGGUACACGUGGACUCCUGUCAAUGGGACAGAUUACAGUCUGGGGCUGGUACUACCUCCCUACAAUGAGUACUACAUCCAGGCAGACCUCAGUGAUGUGAUGCUUCAACUUCAGUACAUGCAGUCAUUACUGCCGAGCUCCUUUGAAUCUUCGGGACACGUCUUUCUCGCUCCGAGGGAUUACUGCAAGCGUCUGCAGCUUUCGGACAACAACACACAGUUUUUGCAGAACUUCCUCUCCCUCAUGCUGGAAAUAUCUCCGGAAUCAGAUGAGUGUGACCAAAGGCUCAUCCACAACCUGAUACUGGACUCGAGGAUUAUCGGGCAGCUUGCCUCACGAGUGUGGAAGAACAAAGAUCUUAAUUCGUACGGCUUCUUGGCCGUGUUCGCGUCCACCGACGGCGGCGUAACACGAGUCUUCCCCAACAUGGCUGCGGAGUUGUGGGAUGAGGACCCCGAGCCCUUCAAUUCAAACUACUACCGAAGGAGCCUCGACAACAAAGGUUACCUCUUCCGAGCGCCGCCUAGAGAAUCUUUGGAUGAAAUGUUAGGACCAGAAAACGGCACAGUCGGAAUCCUGGUUAGUUCAGCUGUGGAAGUCAAUUUAGGAGGCAAACGUCUCAAACCUGCAGUGGUGGGAGUGAAACUGGAUCUGGAAGCGUGGGUGGACAAGUUCAAGAUCCUGGCCAGCAACGUGUCGGACAGCCGACCGGGCUCGCACAAGUGCGGACCGUCCAGGAGCUGCGAGAUGGACUGUGAGGUCAACACCGACGACCUCCUCUGCUACCUCAUUGAUGAUGGCGGCUUCCUGGUUAUGUCCAAUCAAAGAGAUCACUGGAAAAAGAUCGGACUCUUUUUCGGAGACGUGGACCCGUACUUGAUGCACGCCCUCUACAACAACUCCAUCUUCAACCGACGGCAGACUUUUCACUUCCAGUCGGCGUGCGAGCCGUUCAGCAGCAGCCACACCGGCGCUGCGCCCAGACGCUUCUUUGUGCCGUCCAUCGCCGACAUCCUCAGCUUGGCUUGGUGGACGUCCACGGUGGCCUGGUCUUUGAUUCAGCAGCUUCUGUAUGGACUGGUACACAUCAACUGGCUCCAACAAGAUGACAUCUUCAUAGAAGGCUCUGAGAUCAAGACGAGCAGCUGCGUGACCAUCCAAAGCCAGUUCUUCUUCAGCAACACCACCAACUCGUACAACGUGUUGCAGGACUGCGGCAACUGCUCGCGGCUGUUCCACGCCAAGCGUAUCAACAACACCAACCUCCUCUUCGUGGUGGCUGAGACGCUCCCCUGCAGCUCCUGCGAGAUCGAGAGGCUGAGCCAAGUCAGGACGGAGUUCCAGGAAGAGAAUCCCUGUGAGGUACUGAGCAACGCACGAUAUCGGAGAGGUCCGACAACCUGCCUUGACUUCAGUGCCUUAGAAAAUACUUCCGAGUGCGGACGGGCGCAUUUUGUGGAGCCCUCCAUUGGGGUCCUCGUUGUUCUUCAGCUCAUUCUGCCUUUCUUCCACCACUGACAUGUGCCGCCGUUCUCUUCCAUGUUGACUCAAGGCCCCCCGCCAAGGACUCGUGGAGGUCGCAACGGACAAACGAUCACGUGACUGCUCCUCGAGAACAAACGAGACUUUCCAUUGAAGAGCACAGAAAGAAGCAUGCGGCCACCUGGUUUGUUGACGCGACCCGGCGGCCGAUCGGGCCCGGGAUCGAACGCACGGGACCUCGUCGCUUUUCGUGCGUUUCUACCGCGUCGCACACGAUUUUCUCCAGUUUCUCGUCUUUUCUGCCACGAAUGACCGAAUGUUGAGGGUGUCCGCCUCCUCGUGUGCAUCUUUUCUGUCCCCCAGCAUGGUCGGGAGAGGUUUGCCAGAAACAUUGCUUUAAUAAAAAAAUGUAAAAAAAAAAAAUAAGAAAUAAAAACUGCUUUUACCCUUCGACUUUGAACUUAGGCCUGAAAACAACACUGCUGUAUAUUGAGCAAAAGUGUUGGGAAGCCACAGAAGUAUUUUUGGUCAGUGUUGUAGUUUUUUUUUUUGUUUGUUUUUUGUUUUUGUUUUGUUUUCAACGACCACUAUUUAGUUGCAUGACGUUUUGGAACCCUUGAAACAGGUUUUUGUGUACAUAGCUGAAUAGUUACCAAACAUUCCCUUUGGGUACACCUGCUGGAAAUGGAGGAGGAAACAAAGUUUGACUUCAAUGAAGCCUAAAACGCACUUAUGUAUUUGUUUGUUGGAGCACAAAAAGCUGCAGCUGGUAAACAAACUGCCUGAUUACACGUCAUUUAUGUAAAAAAAAAAGUACCAAAAAAUGUAAUGAAGUAAAGCAGGGGCAUGUAAAGGAUCUUAAUGAAUUUCCUAAUGAAAUUUUUGUUGCUUCUAAUAUGUAUUUAUUUUAGCUACGUAUUUAUUUGUGUAUCCGUUGCAGGCCAAAAUGAAUGAAUGAAUGUGAAAAACACUUACGGGGGGGGCACGACAAGCAAUUCACUAAAAGGUCCAGAGAUAAAAAUGACAUUAUAUCGCCUGUUUGUCUUUGUCUAGAAAAAAAAAAGAAUGUUUCAAUGUAUUUUGCACUAACUUUGCUGAUCAUUUAGCUUUUAUUGUCGUCAACGGGGGGGGGGGGUUGGGGGGGUUAGUCGUUCCGCUCUCUGUGCCAACCUCCCAUUCAUGCCGCCUCGUUUUUGUAUGCGAAGGAAUCUGCAGAAUACGACAAGCUUAACUUUGUAAACAUUUUGUCAGU